GCCACGCUGGCUAGUCUCUGGUAUAUGUAUGUACCUAUGCCGAGACCAUAGCUCAACAGCUUAUAGGGCUGCGGCCGACGAUCAUUGCCGUGCGGGGAGGAGCUGUAAACGGAUGGGGCUACAUUCCAAGUUCCAAGAUCACCAUACGAUGUCCCGACAGUCCCGUGCCACCCGCACAAAGAAAGUCCGGGGUUGCUGAAUACGAACAUGAGCCGCACACUUGCCGUUACAUUCACUAGCUAUGUAUUCAGGAAAUCAAGAUUCAAAGUCUCUUGAUAGAUCUCGCGCUGUCCCCGUCAUGUGACUAUGGAAAGACGAACGAAAGACCCGCUACGUCAAUACGAGCUUCAACCAGAGGAUCUCUUUGAUGGCUGAGUCGAAUAGGGGAUGGCGAAACUCGCCCGUCCCGCUGAUAGGUCGACAAUACGGAAUAACUAGAUAUGAUGAUGAUGGUUCUUGGACAAUUCUGUAUAUAAAGCUUGCGAACCUCCUGCCAAUAUGCUUCUAUCUCAUCACUAUCACCAUCACCAUCACCAUCAACAUCAUCAUCACAACUACAAAACACUUUACUCACUCAACCAAUCACUACGACUUUUAGUCUUAAUACCUAAAUCUUAAAAACAACAUCUCAACCGCCACCAUGAAGUUCACCAGCACCGCCGUCGCCGCCAUCUUCGCCGCCACCGCCAUGGCAGCUCCCACCCCCUCUCCUGAGGCCAAAUCCGCAGUGGCCGACGUCCCCGAGUGGACGAUCGAGAGCCUGAAGCGCGGCUGCAACGCCGCCAACACGCAGUGCAUCUGGACCUUCAGCAUCAACACACACCUAGCCGACCCGACUCCCUGCGAGUUCACCGUCAAGGGCGUCAACAACGUCCCCGCCAGCGAGACCGACAGCAGCGGCAACAUCUGCGGCCCCUUCACCGUCGGUUCCGGCUGGAGCGGCCAAUUCGGCCCCGGCAACGGCUUCACCGUCUUGAGCGUCGUCGACGAGGCCAACAAGCUGAUCGCCUGGCCCUCGUACACCGACAAGGCGCUCGAGGGCAAUGUUGUUGUGUCCCCUGACCUGAGCUGGCCUGUUACUUCUCUCCAGUUCUAAGCUGUUGCGGACAGUAGGCAGGAGAGCGUUGGAGAUGAAGGUGGAGGUGGAGAAGAGGAAGAAAAGUGUCAUGUUCACGCGGAAAUAUAAAUAUAAUUGUUCAAUGUUAAUAGCAUAGCGUCACCGGGUUUGCAUAUGGGUACAUCAUAAUACAUAGCGUCACUCCUUAUUCAUCUUAAGCCUCGAGCCUAACUACUUGUGAAUGAUUCAUUUUUCCUUGUUUUCGUUUAAGCUAAUUUCCCCUUGCUCUCUUUAA